AUGUGUGCAUAUUCGGAGGAUAAUAAUAGGGAGAAUUCAAAUGAGCCCCACAGGAAAUAAGAGAAUAAUAAGAAAAUUCAAGAAUAUCCAGAUGAUUGGCCUAUGAAUCCAUCGCCACGAUUUACUCCUAUGCAGUAUUCAUAAUUAUUUCCCCAUAUUCCUCCUCACUUCGAUCUAGAAAACAAAGGUAUUACGGCAUUUUAAUCAGGCUUCAAUGACUAUGAUCCUUAGAAAUAUCUCAAUAGCGACAAAAAGGGUCAAAGUAGCUAAGCAUUUCUAAAAUAUUCAUUAGGUGAAGUUCCCCAUUUUGAUCAAAUGGAUGAUGAUCCACAUCGAAAUCCCUACCCCUUCGGCUUCUAUCCAAUGAAAUACCCACCCUAACCUAUGAUGAUGAAAUACCCCUCUGGACAACAGUUUAUGGUUCAACAAUGGUAUCAACCUAGACCUCCGUAAUAAAUGAUGCCACCUUAUUGUUACUAUCCUCCUAUGUAUGAUGGUUUACAAUGUCAGAAUACAGUUUCUAAGGAACUUCAAAGUAAAGUCUAUCAAUUAGUCUAAUAUCAAAAAGUUUCUGAUUUUUAGUGCAACUGUAAAAAAAGUAAAUGUCUCAAACUAUAUUGCGAAUGCUUUGCCAACAAUGGGGUUUGUUCAUAGAGUUGUAAUUGCCAAGAAUGUAAAAACAGAAUAGAUAACCCUCAAGAACGAUCAAAAGCUAUCGAAGAAGCCUUGUUAAGAAAUUCAGAUGCAUUUGCUUAAUGUUUUACCACAAAAGGAGCUCCACAAUUCGUUUAAUAAGGUAUAUUCAAUUUCAUCUAAGAUAAACCCAUAAAAGAACCAAGUAAAGACAACUCCAGUGUCGUACACAAGGGAUGUAAUUGUAAAAAAUCUGGAUGCAAAAAAAAAUAUUGUGAAUGUUACAGUCAGAACUUGAAAUGCAAUGAUCUAUGCAAGUGUGAGCAUUGUCUAAAUAAAACAGAUGCUUAAAUUUAAGCUUCACAAGAACAAGGCUAAGAAUCCCUUUACAAUUUGAACAAAAGCAGUUAAAAACAAAAAAAAGUAAAAUUAGAGAAAAAUCAGGAGGGAAGUGAUUCCCCUUUGGUCUAAUUGGAGAUAAAUUUAAAGAAAAAUAAUUAAAAUAAAAUGAAAAAGUAAGAGAAUAAUUGA